CGGGAAACUGUACGCGGCGGCAGGAGCGGGCGGUGCGGGUGAUCGGCCGCGGCUCUGCAGGUUCUGCCUCCUGGGCGCGGGACCCGUCGUCUCCCCGGGGCUCUCCGGGUUUCUUCUAACUUUGGAAAAAGAAGGGCUCCUGGGCUUUUGUUUUUUGGCCCCCACAGCCCCUCCGUGCCCAGGAUGAAAGUCAUCACCUGUGAGAUCGCCUGGCACAAUAAGGAGCCCAUCUACAGCCUGGACUUCCAACAUGAAACAGCCGGGACGAUCCACCGCCUGGCCUCAGCCGGGGUCGACAGCACCGUGAGGAUCUGGAAGGUCGAGAAAGGGCCCGACGGGAAGGCCAUUGUGGAAUUUCUCUCCAAUCUCGCCCGCCACACCAAAGCCGUCAAUGUGGUGCGCUUCUCUCCAAAUGGGGACAUUCUCGCCUCGGGGGGCGACGAUGCCGUCAUCUUGCUGUGGAAGCUGAACGACAGCAAAGAGCCAGACCAGGUUGCCUUCCCGGAUGACGACGACGCCCAACUCAACAAGGAGAACUGGACAGUGAUAAAAACCCUGAGGGGCCACUUAGAGGACGUCUGUGACAUAUGCUGGGCCGCAGACGGCAACUUAAUGGCCUCAGCCUCUGUGGACAACACGGCCAUCGUCUGGGACAUCAGCAAAGGACAGAAGAUCUCCAUCUUCAACGAACAUAAAAGUUACGUCCAGGGAGUGGCCUGGGACCCUCUGGGCCAGUACAUCGCCACCCUGAGCUGUGACAGGAUCCUGAGGGUGUACAGCACCCAGAAGAAGCGUGUGGCUUUCAACGUUUCCAAGAUGCUGUCUGGAAUAGGGGCUGAAGGAGAGGCCCGCACUUACCGCAUGUUCCACGACGACAGCAUGAAGUCUUUCUUCCGCCGCCUCAGCUUCACGCCUGAUGGGACGUUGCUCCUUGCACCAGCUGGCUGUGUGGAGUCCGGGGAGAACGUCACCAACACGACGUAUGUGUUCUCUAGGAAGAACCUCCGAAGGCCUAUCGCCCAUCUCCCGUGUCCUGGGAAAGCCACGCUGGCCGUCCGCUGCUGUCCCGUCUACUUUGAGCGGAGACCUGGGCCUGAAGCAGAGAGGCUGUCAGGGGAGCGGGGACCUGAGCUGGUGGCCUUGCCCUAUCGCCUGGUGUUUGCAGUGGCUACCGAAGACUCCGUGCUCCUCUACGACACCCAGCAGCCCUUCCCUUUCGGCUAUGUGUCCAACAUUCACUACCAUACGCUGAGUGAUGUGUCCUGGUCUGGCGACGGGGCCUUCCUGGCCAUCUCCUCCACGGACGGCUACUGUUCCUUCGUCACCUUCGAGAAGGACGAGCUGGGGAUCCCUCUGAAAGAGAAGCCAGUCCUGAGCGUGGGGACUCCCGAGACAGCCAAGAAAGCCAAGAGCCAGACGCCCCAGGCGUCUUCCCCGGGACCCAGGCCGGGAGAGGGGACCCCCGGCGGCAGAAGCCAAGACCCCGGCAGCCUCUGCACGACCACCCCGCAGACGAAACCAUCUUUAGCCCCGGCAGUGACCAAGGAUAUUCCCGCCACUGGCCCGGGUGCCAAGAGCUCCCUGUCCGGGCCCUCGGAGGAGAAGGUCUUGCGGCCCAGUGGUCAGCAGGCGAAAGGCCAGCCUCCACGGAGGGUCACUCUGAACACACUGCAGGCCUGGAGCAAGCCCACGCCCCGGAGAAUCAACUUAGUGCCCUUGAAGACGGACACACCACAGGAGGCUACGCCACAGGAACCUACGCCACAGGAGCCUGCACCGGCAGAGCCGCCGCAGGACAGCUGUCCCGAGCAGAAGCGGCCCCGCCUGGAGGAGGAGCACAGCGAAGCGACCAGCCCCGUCCCGGACCCCUGA